GUUCUUCACACACUUUUCCUGCUGAGCACAACAUCCCGUUAAUCCAGUGUUCAUCUUUCUGCAAAGCUUCAAUUCCAGAUAUGGAGGUUGAUCUUCUGUGCCUCUUCCUGAUGGCCUCAGCAUUAACUGUCUACGAUGAUGUGUUCCCAAAGAUAAAUGAGGUUAACGAUUCCAUUUUGCCAACAUUCUUCCCCUUCGAGGCUAGUAGUCCAGAACCAGGGGACGAGGACGCAAGCAAGGAGACAUCAAAUGGUGGAGAAGGGACAGAUGAAGUAUAUUCAGUAGAUUUGGAGAUGUCUGCUGAAGAUGGCAGGAGCAUUCCUGUGCUGCUGAGUGAAGAGAUGCUCGCUCAACUUAUAAAGGAUUCUGAGGAAGAGCAGCAUGAUGUGGAGGAAGAUGGUGAUGAAGAUGGCAUAGGAAAAGCAGCGGAUAUAAAUGAGGAGAGUGUGGAGAUUACACUUGAGUCUAAAAAUGAUGGAGAAGACCAGCAAGAAGAGCAGCUAAAAGAGAAAGAUUUGGAAGAAGAGGAGGUAGGGAGUAGCACAGACUCGGAAAUACCAGUAGAUUUAGAUUAUUCUGCUGACAGUGUCUCUAUAGAAACUCGUAACACCAAGCUGGAGGAGAACAAGCCCUUAACCAUUACGUUUGAAGGGGAAGAGAAGGUGGACAAUGAACUUCCCACAGUCAUGGAAGACUAUGAUACCCCACCCAAUCAAGAUUACGAGGAUCCCAAAGAUGGACACCAAGAAAAAACAUUUGACCAAGCUGACCAAGAUGAGCAGAUCCUUCCAGAUCCUGAGACUGACAAAAGCAACACAGAUGAAGACAAGGAGAGUAUGGAACUGGCAGAAACGAAACUCUCUGAAGAAAAAGAGGAAGAGAAGGACACAAAUGAAGGUGUCGGCCAUGCUGAAGGAAAACACAAGAAGCAGAUGAGGAACAUGAGACUGAGAAAAGCACAGAGUGACCAGGCUUUGAGUGCUGAUGUGUCCUCAGAGCAUUCUCAAAACCAAGAGCCAGAGAAAGAGACAGAAAUUACACCCAACUUGGUGCAGACGAAGAAGGGGAAAUGGGUAAGAAUGAAGAUCAUCAGACAUCUUGAAAUAAAAAUGUCAAAUGUCACUGAUUUGUCUGUCAAAAGUAUGCUGAAAGAAAGCACAAAGACAUUCAGUUCAAUUGAAUUUAAUUCAAAUUUAUCUCAAUAUGUUCCCGGGAUAGUGUCCAUGUGGGACCAUGCACAGCAGCAGAAGGUGAGUCACAAGUGCAAAAGCUCCAAGCAGGAGUACGGCAUCAGGAUGAAUCAGGCCUCCCUACUGGGAAUGAAUCCUGUGCAGUUCAGGGCUGCAGCGGAUCUUUUCCCCAGUAUCAGACCCACAGUCACUGUGCAUAUGUACAUGUAAUCAUUAUAUCCAGACUCAUGUGAGAACUUCCACUGUAAGCGAGGGAAGACAUGCAAGCUGAACGAUAUGAAGAAGCCCAGCUGUGUGUGUCAGGAUCCUGCAGACUGUCCUCCAGGUCUCAGUGAGUUUGACCAUGUGUGUGGAACAGAUAACCAGACUUAUGACUCAUACUGCCAGCUUUUUGCCAUCAAGUGUAGCCUUGAGGGCAGCAAGAAAGGGCACAGACUACAUCUGGACUACAGCGGCUCCUGCAAAUUUAUUCCACCAUGUCUGAAGACAGAGCUGAUACAUUUUCCACUGCGCAUGAGAGACUGGCUGAAGAAUGUGCUGCUGCAGCUCUACGAACAAGACUUCCUUACAGCCAAGCAGAGAUCCAGAGUUCAGAAGAUGUACGAGAAUGAGAGGCGUCUCCAUGCAGGCGAUCACCCAGUUGAGCUCUUGGUUCGGGACUUUGAAAAGAAUUACAACAUGUACAUAUACCCAGUGCAUUGGCAGUUUGCACAAAUGGACCAACAUCCAUCAGACAGGUUCCUGUCUCACUCAGAGCUUGCUCCUCUGCGUGCCCCUCUGGUUCCUAUGGAGCACUGCACUUCAGUUUUUUUCCACGAGUGUGAUGCAGACAAGGACAAGCUACUCUCUUUCAGGGAGUGGUGCCAGUGUUUCGGCAUCAAGGAUGAGGACAUGGACACCAAGCUGCUGUUCUGA